CUGAUCUAUUUGUUUACAUUAUGAUACGAAAUCGUAAUUUCAUGGCGUAGUCUUCAAGAGGAACGGCGGGCUGAUGCGGAACAGUUGGUUUAGUCAUGUUCGUAGCAGCUGUUGUUUUUUUCGUUGCGACAGUAGCCGCACAGGACCAGUCCCUGUCGGCGCAGACUCAUCCACCGCUGCCGUUUAUGGACCUCUUUACUGGCGCUUCGAAUCUAUAUUCGAAUCUAUAUUCGAAUCCUAUCCGAAAAACAUAUUCGGACCCCGAGUACCAUGGAUCAUGUCAGAAGACUGACACUUUGACUUCUUUCGCGAAUUUUUUAACUAGUGCAGCAAAGGUGAUGCUGUCUGCCGCUGUGAUUAUUCUGUUGAAGCUGCUUGGAGGAAAAUUCCUGCUACUACCGAUAGCUGUAAUGGUGUUUGUGAAGAUGGGACUUAAAGCGCUUCUUCUAUGGCCAGUGAUAACGAAGAUGAUUAAGCAUUUCAAGAAGAAGAAAAAGAGGAAUAAUAAUUCUCGAACGAUUCGAGAUUGUUCCGAGCGUCUCGCUUGUUUGAUUCAACGGUCGUCGCAUAGCUUCGGUAGCAACAUCGGAGCGGCGGUGACUUUUUCGCUGAUCGACGAUGUGGACGAUGACCAUUUCGUAGCGAAAACGCUACUCAGCAUUCUCGCUGGGGACAAGGUCGCGCAAUGUAUGUCGUUGGAUUGCACCUCCGGGCCUGACGUCAGCUGACAUGGCAAUAUUGCUAGUUAGUGUGCUACUCUGACUUACCUUGUAUUCUGUGAGUAUUUGAUAUUCGAAUUGAUUUCUGUAUUUUGUUCGCCAAUGUAUAUUUCUAAG